UAUCACCCCCUUCAAGCAUCCGCCUCCUGCCAGAGCUGACUUUGAAGACAAAGGGGCAAGUUCCUGUUACCGUAAACAUUUCUGAGAUUGUAUAGCAAGGCUACGUUGGUGUUGUUGAAUCUUUGUCUUGAGGUCUCUGGAGUCUUAAGGUCUACAUGAGGCAGACUGUAAGAUGGAUAGGUAUGAGUUAACUAAGAGCCGUAGAGCCUUGAUUCUUUGUGACAUGAGGAGAAGUGGAGCCAAACAUGAUGUUCAACGAAUGGAAAAGCUCUUCAAAGGGAAUGGCUUUCUUCACACAGCAGUUAAUGCCCUUAAUCAAAAAAAAGUGAUAACUGAAUUCAGGAGAUUUCGAGACCAACUGCCAGAUGACGUCGGUUGCCUCAUGGUGGUGAUCAUGUGUCACGGUAGACUAGGACACAUCUCUCUGUCUAAUGGGGAGGAGAUACAGCUGGAGACAAUCUACCAGCUGUUUAACAACAGCCAGUGUCCAGCCCUCCGUGAGAAACCCAAGCUCUUCGUUGUACAAGCCUGUAGGGGAGUGAAGGAGCAUCCGCGACACCUUUACACGGAUGGAAGUAAAGAAUCUGGUCCUUCGACGCCAAAGUUGCUUCCCACAGCGUCUGACAUCAUGGUUGUGUAUGCCGUGUGUCCAGAAAAACUGGCGAUUAUACACCCGGACUAUGGAUGCCCACUAUUUGUGGAGAUGGAGAAGGUGUUUGAGGAUUUUUCGACUUCCCGCCACAUGUACGAGCUCUUCACCAAGGUGAACAGAAGUCUGGACAGAAGAGUUGAAAAGCAUGGAUUCACACUUGAUAGGGAGGCACCACAUAGAGAAGCCAAAACAGACCGACUGAUACUCAUUGAUCCAGCAGUUGUGAGUGACAUAGGGCGCUCACUUCAUAUCGUGAGCUCUCUGACCAAAAAGUGGUACCUUUGAAAGCGAGUGAAAGUUCCAGUAAGGAAAACAUGAGAAUAAGAGAUGGAGAGAUCACAGGAGAGGAGAUAAUGACUAACAAAAAUAUUAAUGCUAAAUGUCUCGGGUCAAUAAAGUGCAUUGAUCUAUUUGAUUUGGCAGGACUGUGAAAGAUAUUGACAACAUGUACAAGUUCAGGAAGGUCCCGUCCUGUUUCGUUCCAUUUUGCUUCCAUGUUGUCAGAUCAGGACAUGUUCAUAAUUAGUAGUUUUUUCUAAACUAAAUGAAUUAGAUACUGAGUUUGAUAAACUCUAAGAAAGGCAUUUUUGUUUGUGCAGUCUUUUCAUUUAUCAUUCAUCACUUUUUAUUCAUAAUUUAUUUCUUAAUCAAGUAAUCUAUAGUUCUUCAAUCUGACCACACUACAGGAUUGUAGUAGAGUAUAUAAUGUUUUGAUAUCUUAUGGGGGUCAUUUGACAGUGAUUUUAUUUUAUAUUCUUAACCCAAAAGUUGAUUGUUUUACAAUAAAAAAUAUUUUAGUUUGA